CUCGAAUUCCUGGCAUCAUGACGCUUGACGAUCCAUUUUCGAACACCCGAUAUACCCAGUGACUUUCUUCACUCGCCCAUUGCGCAAGCAGGAAGCCGAGAAUGGCCUCACCCGUCCCCCCGAAUCCGAACAGUCCGUCGACACCUCCGAACCAAAAGACGCUGAACGUAUGGAAUAAACCAAUCGACGAGCAGGACGCCAAGAACCAUGCUGGUCCCGUCACGUUCACCGAGGCAGUCGAGACAGUCAAAAUAGGCGAGCUGUCAGAAGUUGCGAAAUACCCUUGUGUGCGAAAUGCACUCCUUCAAGGCAUCGGGGCUGGGUUUGGCGCGGGUGGAUUGCGAUUUGUCGCUGGAGGUCAUGUGUUCCGAUGCGUAAAUUGGGCCUGUGGAACUUUCCUCGCGGCGAGCAUGGCCUCGUAUGAGUGGUGUCAGUACGGUCGACGGUGCGAGCGGCGCGAGAUGAAGCGGAAUAUCGAGAUUGUCACAGAAGGCCGGAAAGACCAGGCACGGAAGAAGAUGGAGCAGCAAAGGGAGGAGGCGGAGGCGCGGAAGUUGCAAGAAUCACAGAAACCGUGGUAUUCGCGAUUCUGGUAGGGGCCUUGCGGGCUGUGUACCAUUUUGUACAUAUAUGUAUAGAUUUGCAACGCAUGCCCUUGGUAAAGGGCCGGUAUCAUGGGAUUAUCAUUAGUAGUUA